CGGUAAUUGAAGCCUUGACGGCUGCUAGAUGGCGUUACCCAUACAAUUCUUGCUGGAAGAAGCUGCCAAUUUCUGGAGUAUAAGAAAGUGUUUGUAGUUAUUGGAAUCAACGAAGAUUGCACGGAGCUUGAUUGAUCGCUUGUAACCUAACCUAAAAACGGAACUACUACGAUGGGUCUUCCACGGCACAUUCAAUUCAUCAGCCGUACAAUCUUUGUUCAGAACAAUGACGUGGAUAAGGCAUGCCGCUUAUUAAAUCGCAUACUGUCCAAAGAAGACAUCUUUAGUCAGUACAGGCGCACGAGAUAUUAUGAGAAACCAACUCAGGUCAGACGUAGGAUCAACUAUGAGAGGUGCAAGUCAAUCUACAAUGAGGAUAUGGACAGGAAGAUCAAAUUUCUUCUACGCAAGAACAGAAUAGAUCCUUUUCCAGGUGCAUUGUAAGAUUAUAUCUAUUCCAUAUUAGAUUAUAUCAUUGCAAUAAAUCUGUCCAUCAAUUGAUAUGAUUUAUUAAUGAAUAAGUAUUAUCGAAAAUAUAGAAAAUAUUCUAAAUAA